AUGACCCGGUACAAAAGCACACCGCUCUACGGCGGCGCUCUGGUCAGUGACUUGCCUGACAAGUUCGCCGACGUCAGCAAACUCCGUGAGGUACCCGACAACCAGGAAGUCUGGAUCGACUCGGACGGCUUCACGAGCAUCAUCUUUGACAUCACGGAGCGCGUCGGUCCCGCGGGGAGUAGCCCCGAGAUUGACGGCCGCGCCUUGACAACGCAUCUCGAGGAACUCGUCGGCGAGGACGUGGAUACUGUCAAGGUGUGGAACACGACCGAGACCUCAUUCUCGAGACUCAGCACAGAUAUCCCAGCCUAUACCCUCAUCGCAACGCAGACCCCGCGCGUCUCAAAAUCCUCCCGCUCCUCGUCUUCCUCGGCGCCUGACUUCACGGCCAUCAUUCUCACCCUCGUCCGCCUCGAGAAGGAGUCGACAGAUAUUUUGGUUACAAUCAACGUGCCGCACAUCAAGGGCGAGUACGACGAGGCUGACGUCGACCUGGAACUGGGCAAGCAGGGGAAGCUAAUUGGCGACGCCGUCGAGUACGCCGCGCGCAUCUGGGAGACGUUCAAGGUCAAGGACUGGACGCUGUUCCAGGAGGUUUGA